AGAAAACGUUAGAUCAUGCGAAGGUUACCUCAGUUUCUUCUCCACACCUGCGAAAAUGGCGGAUUAAUAUUAAUAGUUUUAUUUAUAUCUGAUCCAUUUAUAUAAAAUCAUCUUUCGCCAUUUUUAUACAGUUAUUCGGAGAUCUAAUUUGCCAAAGCUCCAAUUCUAUAUUCAACCGUUUGUAUAUAUAUACGUGCGCGGUUGUAUUUCGCUGAUCGGCUCUCUCUCUGUCCCGUUAUCUUGAGAUUUGGCGGUUGGGGAGAAAUGAGAUGAAUGUUGCCAGAUCAUAAUGAGAGCCAUGGUCAGGAAGCGCUUCUCUACCUGAGGGAGAACUGAACCCAAUGGAUUCAGCAAAGAGUUGGUUCCAAAAAUUCCAGCCACGAGAUCGGCUUAGGUCAUCCACGAGGAGGAAGGACUCAAUGGGCAGCGGACGUGAAGAACCUGAGGAAGAGCUAUCGGCCGAGGAAGCUUCGAACCUCACGAAGCAGAGAGUUGCUGCCGCAAAACAGUACAUCGAGAAUCAUUACAAGGAGCAGAUGAGGAAUCUUCAGGAGAGGAGAGAGAGGCGAAGUUUGCUUGAGAGGAAGCUAGCUGAUGCUGAUGUGUCUGAGGAAGACCAAAAUAACCUAUUAAAGUUUCUAGAGAAGAAGGAAACUGAAUAUAUGCGCCUUCAGAGGCACAAAAUGGGAGCUGAUGAUUUCGAGUUACUGACAAUGAUUGGGAAGGGUGCUUUUGGAGAGGUUAGAGUUUGUAGAGAAAGGACAACAGGUUCAGUGUAUGCAAUGAAAAAGCUCAAGAAAUCAGAAAUGCUUCGUCGAGGCCAGGUUGAACACGUGAAGGCUGAGAGGAAUCUCCUUGCGGAGGUUGAUAGUAAUUGCAUAGUCAAAUUAUAUUGCUCCUUUCAAGAUGAUGAGUAUUUGUAUCUUGUCAUGGAAUAUCUUCCGGGUGGGGAUGUAAUGACUUUAUUAAUGAGGAAAGACACGUUGACAGAAUAUGAGGCCCGAUUCUACAUAGCCGAGACAGUUUUGGCUAUUGAAUCUAUCCAUAAGCAUAACUACAUACAUAGAGACAUUAAACCUGACAACUUGCUGCUUGAUAGACAUGGUCAUUUACGACUAUCGGAUUUUGGCCUGUGCAAGCCUCUAGACUGUAGUACAAUACAAGAAGACUUUUCAGUCGGAGAUAACCAUAAUGAAACUUCAAGAAGUGAGGAUGGCUCGGUUCCAAAACGUACACAGCAAGAGCAACUACAGCACUGGCAGAAAAAUCGAAGAACACUCGCUUACUCAACUGUUGGUACACCUGAUUAUAUUGCUCCAGAAGUUCUUCUGAAGAAGGGUUAUGGAAUGGAAUGUGAUUGGUGGUCCCUUGGUGCCAUCAUGUUUGAGAUGCUUGUUGGAUAUCCACCCUUCUAUUCUGAUGAUCCUAUGUCAACAUGUAGGAAGAUUGUGAACUGGAGAACACACUUAAAGUUUCCCGAGGAAGCUAAACUUUCUUUGGAAGCAAAAGAUCUAAUUAGCAAACUACUUUGUAGUGUCCAUCAGAGGCUUGGUUCAAAAGGGGCGAAUGAAAUAAAGGCCCAUCCUUGGUUUGAUGGGAUUGACUGGGAAAACAUAUACCAUAUGGAAGCUGCAUUUAUUCCAGAGGUUAACGAUGAGUUGGACACCCAAAAUUUCGAGAAAUUCGAAGAGUCUGAAAACCACAAUCUAACUUCGUCAAGAUCGGGUCCGUGGAGAAAGAUGCUUUCAUCCAAAGACAUUAACUUUGUCGGUUACACAUACAAGAACUUUGAAAUUGUGAAUGACUACCAAGUUCCUGGAAUGGCUGAGCUAAAGAAGAAAAACACCAAGUCAAAGAGGCCGACAAUCAAAGCACUUUUUGAGGACGAGUCGGAAACAUCUGAGACAGUGGAUCAAUAAAUACCAAAAUAUGUUACAGAAAUUUGCUUUUGUUUUUCUUCCUCUCUUCUAAUUGCUAACAUUUACUGAGAGGUGCUGAUUAGCAUAUAAAUAUGUUGGUUAUAAUAUUUUUUUGUUCUUUUUUUUUUUUCAACCUGUUUAAAACCUCACAAUGAAAAGGAAAUAGGAGAGACAAGAAGAAGUACAUAUGCACAAACACAAAGCCCGCGUGUAUGUAUAUAUAGAGAGGUACAAAUAGAAAAAAUUAUUAUUAUAUAUAUAUU